AGAAUAAAAAAAAGCCAAGCAAAACAAGUGCUCCGUAGUCGUCGUACCUCCCAGGUUCAAUGUCGUCGUACCUGGACGACUGUUGUGUUGUGUUGCGGUGUUGUUGUGUUGCUAACCUCUGUAAGGCGACUUAAUUCGUUCUCCUCUUUUCCAACCACAAUGGUUUGAAGAAGACGACUCAGAAGAUAGCAGAGGUCCUCUCCUACUGAGAAAAACACUCUCUGCCACUCUCUCUCUCUCUCUGCAACUUCUAAACCGCAGGUGUUCAGAGCACACACUUGCAACCAUUAUGGCGUCAGAGGGUGGAAAGAUGCAUAUCGUAUACCAGGCCUUGGGCUCCAUCGCCGUGGGCAUGAGCGCCCUGGUGGCAUCCCUGACCAUGGGGUACACGUCCCCGGCCCUUCCUUCCAUGCAGAAGGACCCGGACUUCACCCUGACGGAGGAGGACGGCUCCUGGAUAGCUGCAGUGUUGCCAGCCAGUGCCCUUGUGGGCAGCCUAGCAGCUGGCCCCAUGCUGGACCAGAUUGGGAGGAAGAGAUCCCUUAUGUUGACAACGCUGCCUUUCUUGUUAUCGUGGGCAAUGAUAGCAACUUCAAACUCCGUCUGGGGAGUCAUCUUCGGGCGAAUGAUAGGAGGGGCAUGUGUGGGCGCCCAGGCAGUGGCCGGCUCAGUGUUCACGCCUGAGAUCGUUCAGUUAAAUCUGAGGAAUCAGAUGAUGUUCUUCCCGUCGGUUCUGGGAACUCUGGGGAUUCUGGUGAGCUACGCAGUCGGGCAGCAUCUGUCCUGGAGGGAACUGGCAUGGCUUGGGUGCAUUUCUUGCAUACCUCAGCUGAUUUGUCUGUGGCCGCUGCCCGAAACACCUUACUUUCUGACGCGCACAGGUAAAAAGGAAUCGUCACUGCAGGCCUUGAGGAAGCUUCGAGAAACUUCACAAGAAGUCGAGAAGGAACAGCAGGAACUCGACAAGAGCUGCGCAGACAGUCAGAGAGGAUCUUCCACAAGUUUAGCGGAUCUGUUGCAACCUCCCAACUUGUGGCCCGUUGCGAUAGGCUCAGCCCUUAUGCUCGCGCAACAAACCACAGGCAUCAAUGCUGUCAUAUUCUACUCCUCCACUAUUUUCGAAGCUGGUGGGGAUGGCCUGGACCCAAACACAGCCUCCACACUGCUAGGCAUAGUCAACUUCUUAGGCGUAUUUGUGAGCAUGUACUUCUGUGCCACGUGCAAGAGGAGAUAUAUCCUUGCGCUGUCCACGUAUGCCCUCCUCAUCUCCUUGUCCGUCAUAUCAGCCUUCUUCUGGAUGCACGAAUCAGCCCCAGCCUUUAGCAAGAGCUUGUCUUUCGUACCAGUCGUGGCACUGUUGGCCUACAUUUUUGGGUUUUCCAUCGGGUGGGGCCCUGUACCCUGGAUAUUCCUAGGUGAAGGAAUACCAAGCAGAGUCCGGGGUGUGGCUGUAGCAGUCAUCAUAGCAAUCAACUGGGGAUCAGCUUUUGUUGUGACCAAAACAUUCCAGUGGAGUAUAUCUCUCUUGGGUAUUCACUACACAUUCUUCACUUACGCCUUAAUUACGGGCGUUGCCGGUGCUUUCAUCCACCGGUCGAUGCCGGAGACCUUUGGGAAAUCAGUUGCCGAAAUGGACAGCUUCUACCUCCAACCAUCAAAAUCCAAAGAUGAAUAAGGAGCUCGGGUUCUGCUUGAUCAGUUUCUAUUACAGUUUAGGAGAAAGAAGUACAGUACUGCUCAAUCCUACUACAUGAAAUUGCAGUGUGACCAAAUCCAUCUACAAGAAACUGCAGCAUAGCUUAAUCCACCUACAAAAAACUGAACUGUUAAAGUCUUCUGGAAUAAAGUAGUAUUGUUCUAAGACUUCUAAAUGAACACACAGUUUCAUUCAAACCUUGUACAAAUAUUCCAGAAGUCUUUACAUAAUUACUAUCAGUGUGUCUACUCUAAUAAACUCCCCUCCUGAAGUUCAAGCAAAACACUGAAAGAAUUUUUAUGCAAUCGGAUGGAUAUCACCAAAGUUGCUCGGAGCAGGCUAGUCUUAGUCUCCUUCCUUAAAAGACUGAAGUUGUGGAGCAGCAGUGAGUAAGGUUUCUAGACUGACAAAUUAGCCAACGGAUACAGACUGAUGUUGACGAUUAUAGCAGACCACAAAGAGAAUCGUGCUGAUCCCAAUUAGAUAGGUUUUAUGAAAACUGAUCAGGUUAGGUCAGGCCAGUAGUGAUAAGGAGGCUUUUUUCUUGUCUGAGCCUUCUGAUAGAAACUGACGAGCUCUGAGCAACAUCGUAGCCUUUUGGAGGAUAAGGCAGUUCAGUACAGUAUUCUGGAAUAUAGAACAGCGAAAUGCCCUAACCUUCAGGAAUACAGAACAGUACAAUAAUCUAGCCUUCAAGAAGUUAGAACUUUGCAGCGUUCUAGUCCUUUAAGACUAAAGAGUAUAGUAUUCUAGCCUUCUGGAAGAAACUGAAGAGUUCCUAGAAGCCUCUUAGAACACAGUAAAAUAUUCCAGAAUUCUAGAAUGCAGCAUGCUAUUCUAUUCUUCUGGAAAAAGUACAUAUUGUUAUAGAAUUCUAAAAAAAAUGCCGUUUCAUGUUAACUAAGUGUCUUUACCUUUAUACGGUGAUACGAGUGUUAAGUUUGUCAGAAAUGUUUUACAAUAAUUUAAUACUAAUUUGAAAAGA